AUGGCGGUGGCAGCAGCCCUGUCAGGACUCCAGGCAGAAGCCAAGUGCCCCAUCUGUCUCGAUUACCUAAGAGACCCCGUCACCAUCGAUUGUGGGCACAACUUCUGUCGCUCCUGCAUCAAACAGUCCUGGGAAAAUCUAGAGGACAGAUUCCCUUGCCCUGUCUGUCGUCACCAAUGCCAAGAGGGGACCUUCAGGAGCAACACCCAGCUGGGAAGGAUGAUUGACAUUGCCAGGCUACUCCACAUCACCCGGAGCAAGAGGAAGAGGAAGGAAGAGAUGUCCUUGUGCGAGAAGCACAACCAGGUCCUGACCCUUUUCUGUGAGAAGGACCUAGAGGUGUUGUGUCCCCUGUGCACUCAGCCCCCUGACCACCAGGGCCACCACGUGAGACCCGUAGAGGAGGCCGCCUCUCAUCACAGGAUGAAGCUCAAUGGCUACAUCGAGCCUCUGAAGAAGCAAGUGGCAGACGUUCAAAAAUUAAUAAGCAUUCAAAGCACAAAACCCUUGGACCUGAGAGAGGAGGUGGAAAACCAUAGGCGGGAAUUGUCCUCUGAAUUUGAGCACCUGAACCAGUUUCUAGAACGUGAGCAACAGGCUGUUCUCUCAAGGUUAGCUGAGGAAGAGAAGGACAUUCAACAGAAACUCAGUGAAAACAUAACAGCAUUUUCAAACUACGUUUCUACACUCAGUAGUCUGUUAAGUAAGGUAAUGGAGGUCAGCAUGCAGUCUGAAGUGGAAUUGCUAUCACACAUUAAAACUUUCUACAGCUCUGACAAUGGGAUUAGCCCAUCAGUCUUUUCAAUUCAUUUAAGGAGAGAAAGCUGCAGUUUUCCUCCCCAGUAUUCUGCUCUGCAGAGAAUUAUAAAGAAAUUUAAAGUAGAUAUAAUUCUAGACCCUGAAACAGCACACCCUAACCUGGUUGUCUCUGAGGAUAAAAAAUGUGUGAGAUUUACAAAGAGAAAGCAAAACGUUCCUGAUUUUCCUAAAAGAUUUACAGUCAACCCAGUUGUCCUCGGUUUUCCAUAUUUUCAUUCCGGCAGGCAUUUCUGGGAAGUAGAGGUGGGAGACAAGUCUGAGUGGGCUAUUGGCGUUUGCAAAGAUUCUCUUCCUGCAAAGGCGAGGAGACCACCAUCAGCCCAGCAGGGAUGCUGGAGGCUUCAGCUGCAGGAUGAUGGCUAUGAUGCACCAGGAGCUGUUCCAAACCCUCCACUGUUGGAAGUGAAAGCCAGAGGCGUCGGCAUUUUCCUGGACUGUGAGUUGGGUGAGAUCUCAUUCUAUGACAUGACUGAUAAAUCUCUCAUCUGUACUUUCUCUCUCACCGUUACUGGACCUCUUCGGCCUUAUUUCCAUAUCGGACCUAAUUCACAACCUCUCCGAAUCUGUACAGGAACCGACUGUGAAUGA